UUCACGGCACAUACAGCAACGAAUAGCUUUAAAGUGGGUCUUUUGUAAAGCCCAGGAAGCGGAAGUUGAGUUUGGAGCAUUGGAGUGCUCUAGGAAGUGAAAAUUGAAGACGUGAUAGAAGAUGAACCACUGCUAUGCUAAGAUGGCGACGUCCUGUCAAAGAGAAGACAGAAGAGAAUCGGCGCCAUCAACUCCCAGCAAAUCAUCAACGGAGAAAAAAACCCAAACUGCAGAUAACGGUGAGCGAAUUGAGCUCCACUUGUCCCAGUCUAAACCAAGUCAUACAUUAUCCUCUCAACACGCAGUACGCAGAAGAAAACGUCCAGCAACUGACUGGUCAUCAAGAAGAACGUCCUCCUGAGCCGCAGAGUGGGACCUGCACUUUGAAACAGGAUGAUCCCCAGCAACCCCACAUUAAAGAGGAAGAGGACGUACUCUGGAUCAUUCAGGAGGGAGAGUGUCUUCUAAGGCCAGUGGCGGAUGAUCUCACCAAGUUGCCACUGACUGUUGUCUGUGUGAAAACUGAAGACCAUGAAGAGAAACCACCUGAGUCCUCACAGCUUCAUCACAGUCCAAGUGAGGAGAACAGAGGGGCGGAGCCUCCAAACAGCCGCUCACCACAACACAUGACACCAGAAGCUGAUGGAGACCACUGUGGAGGAUCACAAGCAGACAACCUCUUAGCUCCGCUAUCAGAUAGUGAUGACACAACGUCACACUCUCCUGAGGAUGAAGAUAGGGACGACACCCAAGAACCUUUGAACAGCAAUACAGACUGGGAAGGUGAUAUGAGGACUCGCACUGACAAAAAGAAGUCAACGAAUAAACUUUCCACCUGCUCAGUUUGUGCUAAAAGCUUUUCUCCUAAGACUAAUUUGACUCACCACAUGAGAACACACACAGGAGAAAAACCUUUUAAUUGCUCUGUUUGUGGUCAGAGAUUCUCUCAAAAUGGAACUCUUGUAUUACACAUGAGAACGCACACUGGAGAAAAACCUUUCAGUUGCUCGGUUUGUGAUCAAAGAUUCUCUCAGAAACGAACUCUGGUAUUACACAUGAGAACGCACACGGGAGAAAAACCUUUUGGUUGCCCAGUUUGUGGUCAAACAUUCUCUCAAAAGUGUACUCUGGUAUUACACAUGAGAACACACACUGGAGAAAAACCUUUCAGUUGCUCGGUUUGUGAUCAAAGAUUCUCUCAGAAACAAACUCUUGUAUUACACAUGAGAACGCACACGGGAGAAAAACCUUUCGGUUGCGCUGUUUGUGGUCAAAGAUUUUCUCGGAAUGGAAAUCUGGUAUCACAUAUGAGAACACACACAGGACAAAAACCUUUUGGUUGCUCUGUUUGUUGUGAAAGUUUUUCUAAUAGAUCCAAUUUGUCUCAGCACAUGCUGAAACACACCGGGGGAAAAGCCUUUAGUUGUUCAGUUUGCUGUAAAAGUUUCUUUAUGAAAGAACCGCUGGUAAGACACAUGAGAACGCACACAGGAGAAAAACCUUUUAGCUGCUCAGUCUGUGGUAAAAGUUAUUCUUCUAAGAGAAGUCUGAGCGUACACAUGCUGACACACAACAGAAGGAAAAUGAUUGUUAAUUCAUAGAAAUGUAUGUUUACUCAUGAGAAGUCACCUAGAGAGUGUUGAGCUGAGGUGUCUGAUACCACAUUCCCUCAUAGGUAGAUACAGUAUCUCCAAGAGAGUAUGCUGCCAAUAACAACGAUACACAACCUUGAUUGGUUGAGAAUAUGGAUGACACAAGUGUCCAUCAAUGAUGAUGAAAUUGUGUUUGUGUUGUGACAAUGUUUUAUAGUAGUGUUGUACGUAGAGUGUAGGUUGCAAGGUCUCCUCCAACUUAACAACACUUACAGUACAUCUGCUUUAAUACAGAGAUAGGAACUGCCUUGUGAAGCAAGCAUAAGAUUAUAGAGUAUUGUUUAUGUUUGUCUUUCUGUUUAUUUAGACCACACCCAUGUGCAUAAUGAAGACAUUAUUGUGGUUUUCAGAGUGUCCGCGACAGUAGACGUGUUUUGUGAGUUGGAGAUACAUAUAUGGUGUUGGCAUUGCACUGCUGUUGAUGUGUUCAGGUCAGAGUAAAGUUAUAAAAGAGCGUCAGACUGUGUAGGCACACUACAUGAUGCUUCCGUCUGCCGUCAUAACAGAGAGGCAUCGCUUGGCGUGAUGCGCAUGCGUUAAUUACGCAAAAAAUUGUAACAUAAUAAAUGAAAUAAAUUACUCAAUGCGCUAUUUUUGACAGCUCUACUUUAAACGCAUCACAUUUUUUCUAGCCUUUUUACAAAAUUUAAAAAUGCGUACAAAUAUCAAAGUGGCCCACUGCGUCCUUUUGGUUUUCAGUAUGCGGCCCUUGGUGGAAAAAGUUUAGACACCUCUGUUUUAAGAGGUGGAUUAGAUCCGUUAAAGCAACUAUUUAGCAGUUCCUCCAGCUCCCUAGAGGGCGCAAACAUUCAAACGUAACAUUCUUGCUUUGACUACGAAUGUAAAAACGUGAAAGACACUUUACUUUUUUAUUUUACCUUUUUCCUUCCUCUGUGUUACCAGUGCUUAACAAGCAACAUACGGGUGAACUGCCGGGGGGAUGUUAGAGGCAGGGAGGACUUUCAGUAUCAGUGCAGACCUGCCAACAUGUGAGAAUUUGUUGUACGCAGCAUCCAAUUUGACAAUUGAAUACCCUUGUAUGCUUCACUGCUCUCCAUUUCGUUGCAUUACGCUGGUUCCAGUUUCGAGUUCAGUCUGUACAGUACAGAUAAAUAAAUAGACAU